GACUAUACUUUGACAGAUACAUAACCUGAAAAGCCUUAAACGCCAAAUUUUCAAAAGACUGCGUUCCGUACGUGAUCACGUGGUGGGACUUUGAGGUGUGGAGCAUAGUACAUAAAUUUGACAUUAGUAUAUCUUUAAAGUAUUUGUCAUGUCCGAAGCCAAUCCAGAGGCGCCAUCCUACGCUCCAUUCAUCGGAUCACUUGGGGUGGCAAGCGCCAUAGUCUUCAGUUGCUUUGGGGCUGCCUACGGAACAUCAAAAUCCGGCUCUGGAAUAGCAGCAAUGUCCGUUUUGAAGCCAGAGCUAAUCAUGAAGUCCAUUAUACCAGUGGUUAUGGCUGGUAUCAUCGCUAUUUAUGGUCUCGUGAUGGCAGUUCUUAUAUCUGGAAAAAUUUCUCUACCUCCUAAGUACACGCUGUUUGAAGGUUUUGUGCAUUUGGGGGCAGGGUUGUCCGUGGGGCUGUCAGGGCUAGCUGCAGGGAUUGCUAUUGGUAUUGCUGGUGAUGCUGGUGUUAGAGGAACAGCCCAACAGCCCAGGCUCUUUGUUGGUAUGAUACUCGUACUGAUCUUCGCUGAAGUGUUGGGCCUCUAUGGGCUCAUAGUCGGAAUCUAUCUCUACACCAGAGAAAAUUAAAAGUGAUUGUAUUUUGUAGAGUUUAUUUUUAUUAAUAUUAAGUCUAGUUAUGAAGAGGUUUUAAUACAGUUG